GCUUAUUCAAUAAUUUUUUGGAAUAAAAAGCAUGAGCGCUUGACGAAGUAAAGAAGUAGGUCACUGAGGAGCUGACGCCUCGCCCAGGCGAGCGAUAACGUCAAGACGUAGAGGUAGUAAGUUCGUCGUAGUACUGUGUUGUCUGUCUUCCCCGUGGGCUUCUAGUUCCAAAAACAAGAACAUGCCCGAGCAGUCGUUAGCGGCUUUGUUGCAGGGAGCCUCCACGGCUUCCUCCUCCUCGUCGUUUAAGCACGUGUCGUCCUCGGACGGCAAUGUAGAGGAGGAAGACCUCGCAACCCGCACGGAUUACACGUUUCACUACCUGCCGGACGCGAAGUUUCGCAUGUGGACCGACCGCGGGUUCCAGAUGCUGCUCACCAAGUGGGGCUUCGGCGAGUCCAUGUGCAUCGGCAAGUGGAGGUUCGAGGAGAAAGUUGAGCCGGGGAACCGAGAGCAGGGCAAGAAUUUGGUCACUAGCUUCUUCAAGUCCGAGACCAACCGCGCGGCGCUGCAAGCGCUCGGUGUGAGUGUGUUGGCACCAGCGAAAUUGGAGGUGAGAACAGCGCCGGUUGCAAUUGACUUCUGUUGUUUUGUACCGCUGGCACGUCUUCUGAGGCCGACCCGGUUAGGAGUGAGGGCCGUAGUGGUGCUUAUGCUUGGUAGUCUCUCAUAAUAAGCACUUAGGUUUCAUCUCGUUCGCGUAUUGAGAUGAAAGUAAAGAACUCUCUUUAGUGUUUCUGCACUGAGCCGACCGCCCAACACUUCUCUACAAAGGUGGAAGUCGAAGACAUAUCAACGGCGGAAACCAGUAUGCGCUUGUUCGAGAAGCUGGAGGAGUGCGGCGCGGUCGGAAAAACGGGGCACAUCAAAGGCCGGCUGGACGAGUUUGUAAACGACGUCGUAGUUAUAUCCAAGGCAAAAAAUCUGUCAGCGUAGGCGUCUUGUUGCGGUAACAAAAUGACCACAAAUUCGUUCUGCAUGGCAGUGACAUGCUCAUCCUGUCAUGCGCAGCUAGUACGUCGUGAAAACACGUAUGAAGAUCGGACAUUAUUUGAUUAUGACUUCUGGCGAGAAAGAAUGACAAUUGUAACUGUUUCGCUUUGUCGUUUUCCGCAUUACCGACUUACAAUUCCUUACGCAUUUUUGCUUGCAUAGGCUAACAGCUUGAUUCGGGAGGUGUUCUACAUGGAGGAAAGCGACCUCUACGACGUCUAUACGGAGAAGGACCGAAAAGAGUUUAUACUCAGGAUAUUCCAGCACCUGCAGAUUGGUAUUUUUUUCCAAGGUUCAUGAUCAAACGCAUGAAGAUCGAUCCCUAGCGUCAUCAUAAUAAUCAUCAUUUAAUUUUGCGCCUUUUAUGAUGAUUUUCCCGAUCAUUAAACACUUUGAUGUAGUACGCGCAAAUAAUUUUGCGGGAAAGUUGAAGUGGCCACUUCAACUUUCCUCGGAUGAGAGAAGUCGAGGUGGCCACUUCGACUUUCCUCCUUUGCGGGAAAGUCGAGGUGGCCACUUCGACUUUCCUCGGAUGAGAGAAGUCGAGGUGGCCGCUGCAAGUCGAAUAUGAUUAAAUCAUAUCAGAGCCACAUCACCCAUCGUUAUGACCUGCGGGCGUGUGCUGUCACUGUGACGCGAUUAUGAAAAAUAUACAAACACAUAGGCGGCGCAACCAAUCAAUAUGAGGACGACAUCGGUGAGUACCUAAAAGCAACGAAAGCUUUGUACCGCGACUUUAUCGAAUGCAAAAAUGCCUGGGUCUGGAAGAUUGCGAGAUUUGUCAUGCUUGUCUUUAAUGACUCUGGAACUUGUCAUGCACAUUAGCAUUACCCAAGAGCCCCGUUUUUCUGUCAUGCAGAAACGCAGUUUGUCAUGCAUCAUAGGCAACACCUAGAAGCUCAGAAACUUGUUUUGCUGCGCCAGCACUUGUGCUUGUGGCCUCCCUGCUCAUGAUACGCCACCCGGCAUCACAAGUUUCCAGACCCAGACAUUUUUGCAUUUGAUAGACUUGGUGUCCGUACGAAAGAAGGAUGACGGCGAGCCGGAAGUCACGUCCAUGGUGUUUGAGGUACCAAGAAUUCUAUUUAAUAUAGAGGGGCAGGGGUGCGGAAGUUUAAGUUUUAAGUAUUUCUACUAGUUUGCGGAUUGCAUGUUGUCCAUGUGCAUGAUCUCCAUGUCCAAAAGGCACGUUGGGUCGUGUCCUACUGAGUCAGAGUCUACUGUCGAACAUAAACAAGCUAUUAACCGAAACCACGCUUCGAGGUGACUGGGUUUAACGGCCAAAGAAACGGUGGCCUUUUCAAGCGGGACCACACGACGAAUUAUGAAGUGCACGAAAAAUAUCGUACUAGUAUAGAUUGCAUCACAAAUUUUGGCAAGAAGAAAAGAGGAAUUCGUAAAAAUACUGCCUUGCCUUUACCUUAUCCUUAGGAAGGAGAUUUGUCAUGCGUAUUUGCAAUCAGUACGAAUGCGAUACUUUUGCACAGGAUACGGAUUUCUGUUACCUGAUUGUGGACGGUUUGCUGCGCCACGUCACUAUGUGGAAGUUUGCGUACGAAAGUGCGUGGUGAACAAAGAAACAGUGCUGGAAAGCUCUUCUUCCUGCUGUGUCGUGAUGAGGGUGCGCGCAAAUUUUCGCUCUUGCAACCAUUCGCACUUCUAUGCUGACGCUAGUUCUUGCACUUGCAGGUGCAGAGUUUUUGAAUUAGAUCUUCGUCGUCUCUUCUAAGGUUUUUGUUCUUUUCCGCGAGUUUCCU